GCAAUGAAAUUUCUGCCAAACAGUUCGCUCAUGCUGCGAAAAGUUAACAAGUACCUCAGAAAAAAUGUGAAAGAUCAGUCUGCCAGCAUAUUGCGCCUUUGGGCAACCCAGUGUGAGUUCGUGUUUGCCCAGCGACUGCGAAGAAGCCAGCAAAUAUUCGCUCAUUAUGCAAAAAUCUGGGAGGAGCGUGCACUACGAGAAUUCUUACGACGAUUUCGUGGACAGGCACAACGACAUGCCAAGGGAUUGCUGCUUUCAUCCGCCGCCCUGCUUUCCUUCGACUGGGAGCGGGAAAGAAUUGAUCUUGAUUCGGUACAGGAGCACAUGGAUGACUUUUUGUUUCUGGAACGCUUACAAAAGGAAACGAUCUACUGCCGGCGAUGUGAAAAACGCAAAUUGAUCGACUGUCGCGUAGAUGGAAUAAGCUACUGUUGCUGCCCAAAAAACGUCACUGAAAUGUUGUCUGCUGAACAGAAUAUUUACACCUCCUGGGAGCCGUACAUUGAGCAGAAUCGCAUGAUAACAUGGCGCCAGGAAACGAAGCCCGGACUGUUUGCCUAUAAAGUAUACGUCGAAUAUCCCGAUGUAACUGCGGAAGACUUUCUUCAUGUACAGAUAGAUGUGGAAUACAGGAAAAAAUGGGACAACACAGCCGUCAACUUGGAAGUGAUUGAUGAAGAUUCCACCAAAGGUUCCAACAGCCACAUCAUAUACUGGGAAGCAUUAUGGCCGAAAUUAUUUUCAAAUCGAGACUACGUCUACAAUCGUCGCUUCUUCGUCGAUCGGCAGCGACGCGUGAUUAUGAUCGUUAAUAAAAGUGUGGAGCAUCCUAAGUGUCCCGAAAAACCGCACACGCAGCGUGUACAUGAGUACUGGAGCUACAUGGUUAUCAAACCGACAACCGCUUUUAACAAGCCUGGUGUUUCGUUUGUGUUGACGUAUUUCGACAAUCCAGGCCUAUCCAUACCGAAGUACAUAACCAACUGGGUGGCAAAGAAGCAAAUGCCCGAAUUUCUGCAACAACUUCACCAAGCCACGGUAAAUUACGCAAAGGCAAAAAAACAAAACGAGACACGCAUCAUCGAGUUCUGGGAUAAGCAUAAAGAUCCUGGGUUUGAGUACCCUCCAGAUACACUGUUCGGCUACAGCGCCGAAGAUUUCAGCGAAGCGCAAAAGCAAGAGGAAGAAACUAGUCUACAGCAAGCUCUACUUCAAGCAGAACCAGCUCAGCUCAACGAAAAAGGCACCGCUAGUUGUAUUGUAAAUGAGGCAAGCGAUUUCCAAUCCGAAGACGGUGUAUCAGCAAAGAAAUCAUCAUGGUGGAGCUACCUAUACUCUUACAUCUACUUCGUUUGAUAUGUGCCGAUCUCCUAACCUUUGUCGGUACUGUUAUUGCGUGCUGCUGAAAGGCAUAAUGGUUAUAGAAAGCCAACGAAUAACAAUAUUUAAUAGGUAGGAAAAAUUGGAACAGUUCAACUGCGUACUGUAAGUUUGCAUGUAGUAGAUUUUUUUGAUCUUCAUUAUGUUGGAACUAAAACCCCUACAAAAUUAGAAGGUUUGAAAAACAAAUAGUACUGGAUAAGAAGCAAAAUCGUCCUUUAAGCUUAAAGCAAUAGUAAGUUUUACUCUCGCACUUCUAUAAAGUUAAAAGUAGUUGGGUAGAAUCGUAAAAUACCUCACAAUUGGCAGUUGCAUAAAUAUCAUAGAGCGGAAUUGUAUUAAAAGCAGGAAUGUUUCAAAUGAUUUGAGAGCAAGUCAUCAAUGCAAUAUUAUGUUAAGUCUAAUUUUUGUAUUGCUUUAAUGAUCUUGUUACGUUGUCUAUAUGGCAAUUUUUAUCAGUGUUAACUAUACUCUCUGUAAAUUUCAUGAGAAAGAGGUGUGCUUGUUUGUCUUCUUGUUAGGUUCGGACUGUUAAUAGUUGUAAAUACAGACUAUGUUAUUCGUAAAUAUGCGUUGCGCAUCGAUAGCAGCAACUCCUACAUUACUUUAGCCAAAUAUGUACCUUGAAGCCAAGUAGUCUGUUUGUUAAAUUUUUCAAUAACAAAAUAAUAAAAUAACGA